UGGGUUUUGUUUGUUCUUUCUCACAGUCUCUCCUGAGUUUCUAAAGAUGCCUCGGCUCCUGAGAAGUGUCCUCUGCGUAAUUGAGACGUUCCACAAGUACGCCAGGGAGGAUGGUGACGGGGUGACACUGACCCACAGAGAGCUGAAACAACUCCUCCAGGGCGAGUUUGGGGACAUCCUUCAGCCACAUGUCAUGCAUGCUGUGGAGAAAAACGUGAACCUUCUGGAUAUUGGCAGUGAUGGCACCAUCCGUUUUGAUCAAUUUGUCCUUGCAACCUGUAACUUGUUGAACCACUGUUAUCUUGACAUUCAGUCAUUAAAUUCGGAACCAAGACAGGCACCUAAACCAGAGAAGGAAAACCCAGGUGAUGUGGAUCCUCAGGCAACCAGCAGAAGUGGUCAGCUGACAGAGGAAACUCCACCUACUCAAGAUAAAGUGGUGCUUCCUUCAGGAAUGGCACCAUCAUCUCAGCUCAACCCUGAAGAAAGGGAACCGGUUGAACACAAUAGGGUGGACCCACAGGAAGACUCCAAGACUCAUAAUCUGCCAGGAGAAGCAUCAGAGCACAAUGACUCUAAGAACCAACACCUGGAAGGAGAUGAACAGAUUCAAGAAGUAGCCCAGCAUGUACAAACAGCAGGGGACAAUGGGGCCCAGCUUGAGACAAACAAGGAAAUGGUAACAUCAAAACAGACCAGCAGUCCCACAGAGGUGGAGGGGCAGGAUAAGGAGAUUCCCAGGGAGGCAGAAAAACCAGCCGGGGAACAAAGUCACACCAAAGCAAGAGACCAGUUGGGAGAACAGGAAGGGAUGGGAACCCAGAGUUCUCCAGCAAAAGAAACAGCACAGAGGCCAUCUGAAGACCAUAAAGUUGCAACAGAAAAGGGUAUUAAAGAACACUCUAAAACACAAGAACCAUCUCUGCAAGCAGAAAAUGAGUCCAGUUCAGAGCAGGCUGAUCUGCCAGAAAAAGCUGCUGAAGGUAAACAAUCUCCGACUCAGAAAUUAACUGAUCCUGAGGAUGAAGGUAGAAUAUCUGAGACUCAAGAACCAGGAAAAGAUGCCAGUGAUGCUGAUAGGACACCACCAGAGACAAAGAUUACAGCUGAGCCUGGUGAUGAUGGUAGAAUAUCUGAGACCCAAGAACUACGAGCACAAGAACAAGAAACAAAGGACAUGCCAGUCCAAGGCGAUGGCAAAAAUAUUUCAGAAACACACUAUGUUACAACUGAAAGGAAACUGGGGAGAGGCCCUGAGACCCAUGGAACAACAUGGCAGAAAGGAAGUAAGAGAAAAACUCAGACACCAGCCCUGGAAGUCCAAACACAGGAGGGGAUGUAUCAGGAACUCCAGGGACCAUCAAAAGAAAGAGAUACUGCAAAAGGGACUGAGACACAAGACCUAGGCUCAGAAGGAACAGAUCAGAGUCAUACUGAAAUUGAAGGAGCAGCAGCCCUAGGAGAUGUAAGAUACAUUGAGAAAGGCAGAGAAGCACUUGUGGGCAGCAAAAAUGCCCCUGUGGCAGAAGGGACAGCAGGAGCAAGGGAAAGAACACAGGAGUCAGCACCACUUGAGAGCCAGUCUGUAGGAAAAAAGAGGAGAAUCACCAAGACUCAAGAUAAGUCAACCAAGGAGGAUGACAGUUACCAGGGGGAAGACCCUGUGCCACCAACCACACAGAAUGAUGAAGGGUUCUUUAAAACUCCCAACAGUCUUGCUCCAGAGGAAGGUGACAGCAGCUUGGAGACAGGUGACCUGCCUGCACAAAGGGAUUCCCAGAGUCAGGUAGACCCACCGGGAGAGUCUGUGCAAGGAGGCUGCAAUAAUGACCCAGAUGCCCAGAAGCAGGCAGGGUCAGGUGAGAAAUACAGAGCUCAGGAAGCAGUGGUGCUGGCAGUCAGGUGAGAGGCUGAGCAGCUCACAGAUGAACAGGAACAGUUUCUCAGAGGAGAACACAAGAGUUGGGGCUCAGGAACCAAAGGGCCGGACCCAGAUGUGGAGGUUAAUGGACUCCCAGAGGCACAGCAAUCCACAGCAGGAGGUGAUAAUGGAAAGUCCGUGAAGGCUGAGAUCCCAGGAGCCCUUGAUGCAGACUACGAUGACCAACCUUCUGUAAUGCAACAGCCUGCAAAGGGAGACAGCAGGAAAAAACUGAAGGUGCAGGGCCCAGGCACCAAAGGAGAGAAAGGUGGAGAAUCAAAGACCCAGGAAACGCCAUUAAAAAGUCUGAAUGAGGACAAUUCAGCUUCCUCUGAGACACACAUUGAGGAGCCUGCAACAUCGAAGGAGGAGGAUGAAAAUCCCCAGGAGCUGGCAGAAGGUGAUGACCAACAACAUUCAACCAAGAAAGGGGGUUAUUCUUCAGCCCCCCUGCCAGGCCUUGAAGAAAGGAUGCAGAGGGACCAACAGCCCUAUACUGUGGAGAAGGAUUUAGUCCAUCCCAGCCCAUCAUAUACGUAUCUGCAGGAGAAAAUUCCACAGCAAAUAGACAUAACCCACGAGGAGUGCCAAAACCAAGCUCAGCCAGCCCAGGCAUCAGGCCCAGAGCUCAGCACCGACCAGUCAAGGGCAUCCCUCACCAGUGAGGUCUCCAACUGUCUUACCAUUUUUUACCACAGCCAAGCAUUACGACGGUAUACCAGGGAACUUUCACCUGAUGAGGCUCCUGCUGAUCCACAACAGACAUCAGCUCUCUAGGCCCUGGAAGACAAGCAGGGUCACCCUCAAAGAGAGGAACCAGUACCACAAAGGGAAGCAAGCACCGCAAAGCAAUGAAUCAUUAUCAUAAUUCCAGAAAAAGGAAAUUCAUACAAUUCAAUGUG